UGCGCGCGCCUCAAAACACUGUCUAGUAGGCGGCUGACUCUGCAUUGAGACACAGCCACAGUGUUUGGGAGUAAAAGAGUAAAGUGCUCAGAUCAGUUUUAGAGAGGGCGGAGGAUGGCUCGCCUCAUGAGGGCAUAACGUCAGUGUAUGUGUGGGCUUCGUAUUUAUUUUUGCUUUAGCGUUUCUUUGUUUUAUGUCCAGAUAAAGCAAACACUUCUUGAUUUGAAAUGUAGCUUUUAGCGGACUUUUUCCCCCCUCAAAAAUAAAUGGACACCGCGGUGAAACCGGAGACGGGCGCUCCGAUCUCUCAUUCACACGCGAGAUGAAUCGCUGAACCUUGCAUUAAAACUCCUGGACGGUCAGUGUUUUCAGCGAUGCCUCCGCAGGGAGGUGGAGAAUAUAAGCCUGUCCCAGGUACGGUUGUGCCGCCGGUACCCCCGAGGAGAUUCAGGGGAAAAGAUUUGUCAUCCGCGGUGAAGAGCCGCUUCGGGUCUGCAGCGGAGCGCAGGGUGAAGUGCGUGCUGGUUGGUGAUGGUGCAGUGGGUAAAACUAGUCUCAUUGUGAGCUAUACCACCAAUGGAUAUCCCACCGAGUAUGUUCCAACAGCGUUUGACAACUUUGCAGCGGUUGUAGCUGUGGACGGCAAGCCUGUGAAACUUCAGCUUUGUGACACAGCCGGUCAGGAUGAGUUUGACAAGCUCCGGCCGCUGUGCUACACCAAUGCUGACAUCUUCCUGCUCUGCUUCAGUGUGGUAAGUCCCUCCUCGUUCCAGAAUGUGAGGGAGAAGUGGGUGCCUGAGAUCCGCCGGCACUGCCCGAGGGCGCCGAUACUGCUGGUCGGCACUCAGGCUGACCUCCGGCAAGACGUCAAAGUGCUCAUCCAGCUGGCCCAGUACAAGGAGAGGCCAGUCGACCCCGAGGAGGCCUGUGUGUGUGCUGAGGAAGUGCAGGCUGUCUCGUACAUGGAGUGUUCAGCGCUCACCCAGAAGAACCUAAAGGAGGUGUUUGACACUGCUAUAGUGGCCAGCAUCCAGUACUCGGACAGUCAGCAACAGAAAAGGCUGAAGAAGCGGACGCCCGAUAAAAUGAGGAAGCUCUCCGAAUCAUGGUGGAGGAAAUACUGCUGUUUGGCGUAGAUGCGAGAAUGUGAUUGUACUGUUGACGUGGAUUCGGUUAGACUUUUUUGGACAGAAAUGGACACAGAUCCAUCUGCUUUAUGAGACUGUGUUUGUGGGUGAACUGGAGCACAGGUGGCUGUGAAAUGAAUGGGACAGUUUAGAAAAGAUCAUCACGCUUUUGUCAUAAAAUGGAAAGAUUCAUAGACACUAGUAGUUGUCAGCUACAUUUUAAGAUCUUCUCUCCAUUUGGAAAGUCCCAGGUUAACCUCAAAUGCUCAUGUGAACAAUUCAGGGCAAGAGUCAUCUGUCUUUCUUUACCUUAUCUUUUGUUGAAGAGGGUUUCAAGUGGACUUAAGGGCUGUUUUACUAUCAAAGAUCUAGUUAGACUGCCAGAUUUUCUCUUUUCAUUCAAGCACUGUGAAAAGCAACCCUAUUGGUCAAUCUCUGCAAAAACAUAGCAUUUUAUUGGUGUUUUAACACUUCUUCUACUUACAUGAACAGGAUUACUUGCCAUUGUUAUCCAGAGUGAUCCAGACCGGAUUCAAUCUGAGAUACUCAAGUGCUUCGUCAUGUAUCUGUCAAAGCAUUAAGUGUUAUGUAGAGUACAAGCAGAUGUGGACACACUAUCAACUUGACAUCACUGACAUUUACCUUGUUGUCCAGUGAGGGUGAAUAAUUGUCCAUUUCAGAGACAGCAGGACGCUGGCACAUCUCUCCAGGCUGUCUUGUUUACAUUUGGAGUUAAGUCCAGACUCAAACAUGCUGUGAGGUCAGGGUCUUUGAGUGUAAGUAAGUAGACUUAGUAGGCCAGUUGGAUUAUAUAUCUGGUCAUUGAACCUGGAGUUUCAUCAAAAACACAGUGUUUUGAGUGAAGCGUUUCAGUGCUGUCAGGAGGAUUCUGAUUAGCUCAGACAUUCUUGGUUAUUUAUUGGAAUAUACACUAACGUUCAAAAGUUUAGGGUCGGCACUUUUUUUCGUUUACUCACCAAGGCUGGAAUUAUUUGAUCAAAAAUACAGUAAAAACAUUGUGAAAUAUUAUUACAAUUUAAAUAACUGUUUUCUAUUUUAAUACAUUUAAAAAAUAUAAUUUAUUCUUGUGAUGGCAAAGCUGAAUUUUCAGCAGCUGUUACUCCAGUCUUCAGUGUCACAUGAUCCUUCAUGUCAUCCUGAUUUGAUGCUCAAGAAACAUUUCUUAUUAUUAUUAUCAACAUUGAAAACAGUUGUGCUGCUUAAAAUGGAAACCGUGAUGCAUUUUUUUUGAUGAAUAGAAAGUUAAGAAACAUUUAUUUGUAAUAGAAAUCCAUCAUUAUAAAUGUCUUUACUGUCACUUUUGAUCAAUUUAAUGCAUCCUUGCUGAAUAAAUGCAUUCAUUUAAAAAAAGGUCUUACUAACCCAAACUUUUGAAUGGGGUGUAUGCUGGUCAUUUUGGAUGAAGGAAAAACUUAUUUUAGAGAGGCCAGAGUUUUCAACCAGAAAUAAUGGUUGACACUGCUUUCCAGUUUCCGUUUAAGCCGAUAAAAUAUUUGUGCCUGAAAUUUCUAAUUAGGUUUUUCAUGCCUUUGCAGUUUAUGGCACUUUUUAAAAGGUGAAAUGUGUAAUUUCCGCCCCACUUGCAGUCUUUUUGUUUGAGUUGGACAUAAUAACAACACAAACAAUGGUGUAAGUUUGAGGAUGGGACUAUCUGUAUGCUCAACUAAUAGCAAAUGAUGAGAGAUUUUAGUGUUGUUGUUUUUUUUUUCAUUUCUGUUCUUUCAAAAUUAUGUAAUUAUUAAUUCAAUUCAGUUCUCAAUUAUUAAUUCAAUUGUUUCACAAAUUGGGGACAUUAGUGGCGCAGACAUGACACACUUCACCUUCACAGAAAAUCUUUAAAAAACUAUUCUGCCAUAAUUGUGUGAAUGCGUUUGGCAGGCACUUUUAUCCAAAGCAACUUACAUUGCCUUUAAGGUUUAAGCUACUAGUUGUGUAUUUGUCGCCCCUAAACCAUGAUGUCAGCCACGUCAUGCUUUAACAAGCAUUACAGUCAUAUAAUUAAAUUAAUUCUAUAUAAAAUACGUGGAAUGCUGUUCCAGGGCAAACUGCACUUUUUAUCAGGCUUCCACGUCGAACGAACUGGAAAAGUCGCCUGCUGCUAUGCGACGUGAAUGAGUAUUAAGCUGAAUGACAGAGUAAGGAAAAGUUAAUGUUUCACUGCAUAAGCUGGGUUAGGUGAGGAAGAAUCACUAACGUCACUAGUGGCAAACAUUUUUCUCUCAUGAGCACAGAAUGAAGCAAGAAUGAAAUCAAGAUGAGUUUUAUGCUUGCCACUUGUACUGUUAGAUUGUGCCAGAAUGUGGCGAGGCGCUGAAAUGGCGUUGAAACUAAGUGAAUGGCUCUCAGCAAGUGAUUACAGUGCUGUAAACCGCAAGUGUUAAAGGUGGCAUAGUGAGAGUUGAACCCCAAACCAAACAAUCAUAUUGAUUUUAAAGGGAUAGUUUGCAAAAAUGAAAGUUCUGUCUUCAUGUUGUGUUCAAACUUGUAUGACUUUCUUCUGUUGGACACAAAAGAAGUUUUUUUGUCCAUACAGUAAAAGUCAGUGUUGUUUUAAAACCUAAUGACUUUCAUUCUGUGAUCGAAAACAGUUAUAUAAAAUAUAUUCUUUUGUGUUCCACACAUAGGCUCCACAGAUAAAAGAAAGUCAUACACAUUUUGGAUGACAUCAGGGUGAGAAGAUGGGACAGACUUUUCACUUUUGGAUGAACUAUCUCUUUAAGCAUAGGCAUAUUGUAAUCAUAAUCAUUUAUUAAGAAGUAUAUUGGUGGCAUUCCUUAUAUUGUGAAUCUAAGAAUUGUUUCAUAUGUUUCAAACAACAGGCCUUAAGUUCAGACUGACCAAAGCAAAUGAGCGCUACAGUGCUGUGUGCUUUCACAGGGCAGGAUCAAUUACUGAGAGGUUUUUGACAAGUCGCCAAACUAUCACUUUGGACACGCAGUGUGUUUAUUCACUGCUUUGAUUUGCACGCAAGUUGCAUUGCAGUGUUGUAUAUUUACUGUGUGAGUGAGCUCAUUGCUGCAGCGUCCCACCAGACGGAACUGUUCAGGAUCUGGUGGUCGUUCAGACAAAAAGCCGACAUGCAAUAACAGAGACCUCCCUGUACUGUAGAUUGUUAUCUUUCUCAGAAUAAAUAUACUUUUUGUCUA